CGAAUCUGCACAACCAAAGUCGGCCAGACCAGUCCAGCGAGCCAGGACAGGUGUAUCGCGUGGAACAGAGCUGGAACGAUUCAUAUGAAGAUGAACGGGAGUUUGAUGAUGACGGGUACUGGCCUCCGCCAAGGCACUCCGACGAUCGCCACCCUCCGUCAAUCAAGACAGCUUCACGACGAUUCAGCCACGAUGACGGGAGCGGGUUCAUCGGCCGCUCGUGUUAUAGAGACAAAGACGGGCCUAACUAUCAUACUCCUUUGGGCUCCAUAUAUCGAUAGGAUUAGUAGCAUU